GACGACAUUUCCGUCGAAUGUUUUAUGCCUGCAGUUUCCUGGUUCCGUCAGACGGUCUGUGGGACUUUAUUGUUUCUUUUGUGUUUUUGACACGGAACAAUUCGAAAAUAGACUAAAAAGACAAAGAAAAUGAACAGGAUUUUCGGACGAUCGAAACCUAAAGGACCCCCACCAAACUUAACAGAUUGUAUUGGAAAUGUCGAUGGAAGGGCAGAAUCAAUUGAUAAGAAGAUUUCAAGGUUAGAUGGUGAACUUGUUAAAUAUAAGGAUCAAAUGAAGAAAAUGAGAGAUGGCCCUUCAAAGAACGCUGUGAAACAGAAAGCUUUAAGAGUACUGAAGCAAAAGAGAAUGUAUGAACAGCAGAGGGAGAACUUAAUGCAGCAGUCAUUUAAUAUGGAACAGGCAAACUACACAAUACAGACACUGAAGGAUACAAAGACAACUGUUGAUGCUAUGAAAGUUGGUGUGAAAGAAAUGAAGAAGGCAUACAAACAAGUUAAAAUUGAUCAAAUUGAGGACUUGCAAGAUCAGCUUGAAGACAUGAUGGAAGAAGCCAAUGAAGUACAAGAAGCUCUUAGCCGCAGUUAUGGAACACCAGAGAUUGAUGAGGACGAUUUGGAAGCAGAACUUGAUGCAUUAGGUGAUGAAUUAUUAGCAGACGAGGAUUCUUCAUAUAUAGACGAAGCUGCAUCAGCACCAGCCAUUCCAGAAGGAGUGCCCAAUGACUCAAGAACAAACAAGGAUGGUGUUUUGGUGGAUGAAUUUGGACUUCCACAGAUCCCAGCUACAUAAGAGAUGCUGGUCAAGUUACACUGUACAAAUUCUUCGGCAUUUUUUUUUAUGUAAAAUAUCAUUUAUAGUAAAAUAUACCGGUUCCUAAACUGUAAAGACAGGCUGACUGGGAAUUAUCCUCCAUGCUCUACAGUGUUAAAGGUGGUAAAGCAGAGGGAACUGUUGCCUUCAUUGAUCAUCUUUCCACCUCCUCCUAAAUAGACAUUUGUCUCCUUCUAACAUGUUUUGGUACGCUUUUACUAAUUUCGGUGCAUUAACUACAACGAGGUAAAUCAUUUUUAGGAUAAUACAGCACAUGAUUGCUUGGUGUUUCUCAACUAUUCUUUCAUCUCAAUUUCUUUGGUAUGUGGCUCUUUAAAUUCUGUAAAAUAACAUUAUAUAAUUGGUUGAAUAAAUAAUAAAUUGUACAUUUUAAA